UGGGCGGUGCCAAGAUGGAGGCUUCGCGGGCGCGGGAGUAUCUCCGGCGGCGGUAUCUGUUCCCGCCGGACGCCGAGGCCCCGGUGGACGGCGAGAGCUCUGCCGGGCCGGAAGCCUCUACAGCAGUUGAAAAAAAGGAGAAACCUCUUCCAAGACUUAAUAUCCACUCUGGAUUCUGGAUUUUGGCAUCCAUUGUUGUGACCUAUUAUGUUGAUUUCUUUAAAACCGUUAAAGAAAACUUUCACACUAGUAGCUGGUUUCUCUUUGGCGGUGCCUUGUUGCUCGUCAGCUUGUCAAUUGCAUUUUACUGCAUCCUCUACCUGGAGUGGUAUCGUGGAAUUGGAGAUUAUGAUGUCAAGUAUCCAACCUUGAUACCCGUUACAACUGCUACUUUUAUUGCAGCAGGAAUUUGCUUCAACAUAGCUUUAUGGCACGUGUGGUCAUUUUUCACUCCACUGUUGCUGUUUACGCAGUUUAUGGGGGUUGUAAUGUUGAUCUCACUCCUGGAAUGACUCUAAAGGUGAAGUGCACACAGACCAUUUUAUACUGAAGUCAACUUCCAUCAGUUUAUACACAAGUGGCUAUUGGCUAGAUUUUCUCGAGAAAUGGGAACCUGGGAGAAUGGGUAAUUUUACCCAAUUGGGCAAAAAAGUCUGCCAUUUUCUAACUAUUCUGGCUACCUCAUAAAUGUUUGAUGGAGGACACAUCAACCUUUUCCUUCUGUGUUAUUUAUAGAGUCUCUGCCUCCCCAUAGACCGUUGCAUCCCUGGGCCUGCUGUCUUACACAGUGGGAUCUGUUGGCUGAGUAUCAGAUAACUCUGUUAUUUAAUAAGUAUGUCUUAAGAGUACUCACUCUGUAUGCUUACGGACAUGGGAAAAAAGACAGAUGGGCCCUCUUUUCAUGUCACUUACAUCAUGACUUGGAGGAAAUACUCCAUACGUCAGUUUACAGGUAGGAAAACUGAGGCCCAGAGAGGUAGAAGUUAAUACAGUAAGUAAAUUAUUGGGGUGCAAAAGAAAACUGACAGUUCAGCCAGCAGAUGGCAUGUUCUUCCUUUGGAGUUUUAAAGGGAACUCAUUGUUACCACGUAGAGAAGAAAGGGAUGUUAUUGUUGCUGGUCUGAGAGUAAUUGCCAGCACGUAAGUGACCAUGCUGAUGUGUAGAGUCCCCUCUGCACAUUGUGCUGUGGACUGUUCGGAUUCUCACAAUCUGCUCUCGUCCCGGUUGAUGGGUGUCGCCGCAAGAACAUUCCCGCAUCUGACCCUGGCUCCCACCUCUCCCUCCUGAUUUCGUUAAAUCUUUGGCUGUUCAGUUUUGAGGUUUUACACGUUUGGGAGCUUAUGACUGACUGUUGAUACAAAUGUAUAAUUGGUAAUGGAGAACCAGAUAGUGCUGCAGGCCUGUAGAUGGAACUGUGCUUUUUUAAUAUAAAAUCCAACAGUUUAAGAUAGAAUGUUUCACUUGGGACAUAAAAGCUGGUUUUC